AUGUCAGCUACAAGACCUAGAAUAGUUCCGGAAAAAGCACCAAUUUUGCCUCAACAGACAACCGCAGAACAUCGAUUUUGGCGUAGCUUUUCAUCUACUCAAUUGGUAAAAGAACAUAAUGCGGUAACCCAUAUUGCUUUCAAUCCUCAACCAUUUGCUCAUGAUUUUGCCGUUACAUCAUCUACCCGCGUUCAAAUAUUCUCGAGCAAAACUAGACAAGUCAUUAAAACGUUUAAUAGAUUUAAAGACGUUGUAUAUUCAGCCAAUUUUAGACAAGAUGGAAAAUUACUAUGUUGUGGUGACGCUACUGGGCUAGUUUCAGUUUUUGACAGCUAUAAUCCUCGGAAUUUAUUGCUAUCCAUUCAACCAUCUACUCAUCCAACCCAUGUAACUAAAUUUCACCCAGUGGAUAAUAAACUUUUGUCUGUUGCUAGUGAUGAUAGAAUUGUCAGGCUAUACGAUAUAUCGCACGCUUAUGAACCAAUAACUAGCCUAGCUGGUGCAGAUGACUAUGUCAGAUCCAUUUGUUUCAUGCCCAAUUCUCCCAAUUUGUGCUGUACCGGAUCUUAUGAUGGCCAAGUUAGAAUUUAUGAUAUAAGAAAUAACGAAAUAGUAUUGCAUUUAAAGAAUGGUCCGCCGGUGGAGGACAUUAUUAGUAUUUCAUCAACCCAAUUAGUUAGCUGUGGCGGCCCAAGUUUUAAAGUUUGGGAUAUACAGAGCGGUGGCCAAAUUUUGUAUGAAAGAGGGAAUUUUGCCAAAACUGUUACUUGUUUAGAUUAUGUGGAAAAUCAUGGUACCCUAUCUUCGAUGACCAACGCAUUACUUGUUUCCUCUUUGGAUGGGCAUGUUAAAAUAUUUGAUCCGUUAGACAGAUACCACGUUAAGUUUGGAUGGAAAUUUAGUGCCCCCGUUUUGAGUUGCGCAUUAUCACCAUCUUCAUUAACGGUUGAAGAUGAGAAUAAUAAACACAUUGCUGUUGGUUUGUCUUCAGGGUUGUUGGCUAUCAGGACCAAAAGAAGGGGUAAAAAACAAACUAAAGGAACUGCAGCUACAAGUACCUAUGAUGUUUUAUCUGUUAAUAAAAAGAGUAAUAAUUUCCAAAGAAUGAUGAGGGGUUCUGAAUAUAAGGGUGAUCAAGAGUAUAUUAUACACAACGAUAAAUUAAAAUCUGGAUCCAAUAAUAACAAUAGCAAAAAACUGCGUGCUUUUGAGAGAAAUAUUAACAAUUUCAAAUGGAGCGAGGCUUUAGACAGCGCCUUUAUACCUGGAAUGGCAAAAGAAUUGACAUUAACAGUAUUGCAGGAAUUACGCACACGUGGAAAAAUCCGUGUUGCAUUGUACGAUAGAGACGAAUCCUCAUUGGAGCCGUUAUUAAACUGGUGUUUGAAAUCUGGGAUUGAAGAUGUUAGGAGUGCACCUGUCGUUGCCGAUUGGAUAGCUGUAGUGCUAGAGAUAUAUGGUGAUAGUGUAGGACAGUCUCCAGUUUUAGAAGAAUUGUUAAUAGCAUUAAGAGAAAAAGUGAGAAAGGAAAUACAUAGAGCUAAAGAAGCACAAAAAAUAGAAGGCAUGCUACAAUUAAUAACAAAUAAUUAA